AUGCGUAUGCAGCCAUUUCCGAGGGAGGGGGACACGGGUGCGGUGGGGUCCCUCUCGCACGCAGCCUGUCACUCGCACCCUGCUUCCUCCGCCCGGCAAACUCGCCCGGCUGCCUCGGUGCUGUCCCUCAGCGCAGCCGAGGGCAGGCUCGGGGCACUCCGCUCGAGUUGCCCGACUGAGCCCCGAGUUGCUCCCGGACAUCACGCACCACUCCGUGGGCUACAGCUCCCGCUCCUCAGCUCUCCUCACGCUCCUCUUCCUCACGGGAGGGGCGGGGGCGGAGGGAAGGGGCCCGAAAGGCUCAAGGGAAAAGGCUCUUUUCUGUCAUUUCUUUUCUCGGCUAAUUCAAAUCCUCCCGUCCCCACAACACAAAUACACGCUGAACAGAAACACUUCCAGACCCUUCCUGCACACACUGGCACCACCUUCGUCUCCCCCGAGCACCCGGGCGGGCGCAGCUGCGGCGAGCGCGCAGCACCGGCCACCUCUUACCUGGUUGUAGGAGGUCUCCCAGGAGGAGGUGUAGUUGUAAAAGAAGGAGGAGAAGCAAGCGUCUUCCGACAGCCCGCAGCCAGCCAUCCUCUGGGCGCAAAACCUCUUCGGGAAGGCGCGAGCAGCCCUCGCAAACUCUUGCCUCUUGCGGGGUCGCUGCCGCCACCGCCGCCGCUGGCGCUGCCCCCGCGGAGUGGUGCCGACAGCUUCGCGCUGGCGGCGGCCGGCGCGGUGCGUGCGGGGCAGCGGGGCUGGAAGGACGGAAGAAUGGAUGGAGGCGCGGGUACCGCGUGUCUGUGCGUGUGCGAGCGCGGCCGUUCGCGGCGGCACCGAGGGGCCGGGGCCGGUCACGUGCGCGCGCUCACUCCGCCGCCGCCGCCGCCGGGGACGGGCCGCGCUACAGACCCCGGCACUGGAUCACCAGCGCCGGGCGCCCUCGCCAUCCCCGCCCGCCCGCCCGUCCCCGCUCGGCAGCGCAGCCCCUGCGCACGGGAACGAGGGGGCGCCUGCGGGACCUGCGGCCGCACCGCGGCGGGGAAGGAGCAGUUCUCCUCCAGAGACAAACAGGUUUCUGUAGGCUGCAGAAAAAUCAGAACUCUACCACCACUUUACUGUUCAGCUUCGUAUUUGACAGUGUUUGAGAAUGGAAAGAACAGACAUUUGAACAGUGUUCGGAUUUACAUAGCAGCAAAUCCAACAAGGAGUUUUAGAGCAAAAACUCUUAUCACUGGCUUGCUUAUAGAGAGAAACUGUGAAGUGUCCACAAAUUUAAAUGUCUGUUUUCAACAAACAGGGUAGAUAUUAUGGUGAACAUCAAGACUGGAAUUUUAAAUUCUUGCCAGUUCUUAUAUGAUUUCUGCUCUUAAUAAAGUUGUUUGUUAAAAGUGUGAAGAAGUAGCAGUAAUUUGAGUUUUACUUCCAUUAUAUUGUGUAACACAUUGGAACAAAGCUGUCAAUGCCCCCUUGGACAGAGAGAUGCUCAGAGGAACAUGUUGUGACUCACACUGCGUCGAACCUGCUGCUGCUGCUCUACAAAUUGUUAAGCCUUUCUGAACAAAUUGUAAGCCUUUCAGGAAGGUUCACAGGGCAUUCAUUUCUUUAAAAGAACAAUACUAUCCUUGUCACAGAACAGGCUUAUCAGUUACUUGUUAUUCAACAUGCAAAAUGAAACAACCUCAAAGAUAGCAUUCUAAGGUUUGAAAGGUCAAAUUUAGUUUGCAAGUCUUUAAAAUCGUACAUGAAUUUUGAUAGCAAACACCUGCAUUUUCAUAAAGCUGAAAAGGUUGAUAUUUUUGAGGUUAAAACUGGUUACUAAUAUAAGCAGAAGUGGUUUGACUACACAGCUGAAUAUUUAAAUGGACAAAGUAUUCAGGAAAUAGGUCCACCAGCAGCUUUCCACUCUGUGGAGCCUGGUAAGUACUCGAUGCUCUUAAGUGUUUAUUGUUUAUGCUGCUAGAAGCAGUGAGGCUGGGAACAUUAAUGUGAUAUGCUCACAAAAUAAACACUGAAUUCAAAUGGAAGGCAAGAGGGCUACUUUAGCUGAAAGAAUACGACCAACCCAAAAUAAUACAUGUUUAAAGCCACAGGAAAUAUUUAUUAUCAACAUUAAUUUGUGCUAUGUUUUAUUUGUCUGUACAACAAAACUACUGCAUAGCUUUCACAGCUGGAAGAACCACUCAGAGCUGAGAUGUACACAAAUGAAAAUUAUUUUAUCAUCUGUCCAACAUACAUUCAGUGUUCCUGAGAAACUACCAUAUUUGAGUUGAAACUGCAAAAUCAUAACACAGAAUUAGUCUUGUUACCACUGCUACAGGAAUGUUAUUUUACUGCUGUUACCAUAUUUAGUUUAAUCCCUUGAUACUGGAAGCUUGGAUCUCCUUGAUGCCAACCACUUAUCUCAAACACAUCAGUGCAAAUUAGAGGCAGCCCAAGCUUGUCAUUCACAAAAGGAAAAGCAAAGAGAGGGGCAAACACUCUCAUAAUGGUUUCGUUCUGGUUUUAAAGCUGCUCAUUUCAAGAUCAAAAAUAUCUGACAUUUGUAUUACUGGGGAAUAACACCCAGUUGUAGGAACAGUUCUAGGAAGCAUACAUAUCCCAAACCAAAGCUACCAGGGUCAGAAGUACUAGUAGAAAAAGGAACCAGGUUGACCAAGUAGAUCAUUUUUCCCUCUGCUUCACAUAAAUCUAAUGUCACAUACAUAGUCAUGAAGUUAAAUAAUUUUAAAAGGUCAACAGAGUACCAGAGUAAGAUUAUACUUCUAAUAGUAAAAUAUGUUUAUGUUUAUUAUUAAAACCUUCAGCUGUUCUGAAACCAAGAUAAAUGUCUACUCCUUACAAAUUACAGUAAGUGAAUAAAUCUGUGUACUUUAGAAUAUAACUCUCUGCUUUCUACUGUCAUAGUGUGGUAUGGCUUUUUAUUGCUAUAUAUUACCAGAAAAUGAACUAGAGCAAUCUGAUUACAAAUUAAUAAUUGUAGCUUGA